UGCAAGAGGCUGAGAGAGCGGAGCGGAGGGUGUGUGUCCCGCAAAGCCCAGAGCUCCGGAGGACGACAGCCUCCCCGAGCCAGCUACCUGCCCGUCCUCCUCCCUUGACCUCGUCGCGCCUGGCCGCAGCGGCAUUGUUUGCAAGGCUCCCUCGGGAGCAGUUUUCAAGACAGUGCUUCUCUGUGUAACAACCCUGGCUAUCCUGGAACCCACUCUAUAGACUAGACUGACCGGGAACUUAGAGAUACGACUACCUCUGCCUCCUGAGUACUGAGAAAGGUUUCAACACUAAACUUGCACAAUGUCUUUAAAACCAAGAGUAGUGGAUUUUGAUGAGACAUGGAACAAACUCCUAACUACAAUCAAAGCUGUUGUUAUGUUGGAAUAUGUCGAGCGAGCAACAUGGAAUGACCGCUUCUCAGAUAUCUAUGCUUUAUGUGUGGCCUAUCCUGAACCACUUGGAGAAAGACUUUAUGCGGAAACAAAGAUUUUUUUGGAAAGUCACGUUCGGCAUUUGUAUAAGAGAGUUCUGGAGUCUGAAGAACAAGUGCUUGUUAUGUAUCAUAGGUACUGGGAAGAAUACAGCAAGGGCGCCGACUAUAUGGACUGCUUAUAUAGGUAUCUCAAUACCCAGUAUAUUAAAAAGAAUAAAUUGACAGAAGCUGAUAUACAGUAUGGCUAUGGUGGAGUAGAUAUGAAUGAACCACUUAUGGAAAUAGGAGAGCUAGCAUUGGAUAUGUGGAGGAAGUUAAUGGUUGAACCCCUUCAGAACAUCCUCAUCCGGAUGCUGCUUCGAGAAAUUAAAAAUGAUCGUGGUGGUGAAGACCCAAACCAGAAAGUAAUCCAUGGGGUUAUUAACUCCUUUGUUCAUGUUGAACAGUAUAAGAAAAAAUUUCCCUUAAAGUUUUACCAGGGAAUAUUUGUGUCUCCCUUUCUGACUGAAACGGGAGAAUAUUACAAGCAAGAAGCUUCAAAUUUAUUACAAGAAUCAAAUUGUUCACAGUAUAUGGAAAAGGUUCUAGGUAGAUUAAAAGAUGAAGAAAUUAGAUGUCGAAAAUAUUUGCAUCCCAGUUCAUAUACUAAAGUGAUUCAUGAGUGUCAGCAGCGGAUGGUAGCAGACCACUUACAGUUCUUACAUUCAGAGUGCCACAGCAUCAUUCAGCAAGAGAGGAAGAAUGACAUGGCAAAUAUGUACGUCUUACUCCGUGCUGUGUCCAGUGGUUUACCUCAUAUGAUUGAGGAGCUGCAGAAACACAUCCAUGACGAGGGCCUCAGAGCGACCAGUAACCUGACUCAGGAGCAUAUGCCAACACUAUUUGUGGAAUCAGUUUUGGAAGUACAUGGUAAAUUCGUUCAACUUAUCAACACUGUUUUGAAUGGUGAUCAGCAUUUUAUGAGUGCUUUAGAUAAGGCCCUUACAUCUGUUGUAAAUUACAGAGAACCCAAGUCUGUUUGCAAAGCACCUGAACUGCUUGCUAAGUACUGUGACAACUUGCUAAAGAAGUCAGCGAAGGGGAUGACUGAAAAUGAAGUGGAGGACAAGCUCACUAGUUUCAUCACAGUUUUCAAGUACAUUGAUGACAAGGAUGUCUUUCAGAAGUUCUAUGCAAGAAUGCUAGCAAAACGUCUAAUUCACGGGUUGUCUAUGUCUAUGGAUUCUGAAGAAGCCAUGAUCAAUAAAUUAAAGCAAGCCUGUGGUUAUGAGUUUACCAGCAAGUUGCAUCGAAUGUAUACAGACAUGAGUGUCAGCGCUGAUUUGAACAAUAAGUUCAACAAUUUCAUCAGAAACCAAGACACCGUGAUUGAUUUGGGGAUUAGUUUCCAAAUAUAUGUUCUUCAGGCUGGUGCAUGGCCUCUCACUCAGGCUCCUUCAUCUACAUUUGCAAUUCCCCAAGAGUUAGAAAAAAGUGUACAGAUGUUUGAAUUGUUUUAUAGCCAGCAUUUCAGUGGAAGGAAACUGACAUGGUUACAUUAUCUCUGUACAGGUGAAGUUAAAAUGAACUAUUUGGGAAAACCAUAUGUAGCUAUGGUUACAACCUACCAAAUGGCAGUUCUUCUUGCCUUUAACAACAGUGAAACUGUCAGCUACAAAGAACUUCAAGACAGUACCCAAAUGAAUGAAAAGGAGCUGACCAAAACAAUCAAAUCAUUACUUGAUGUGAAAAUGAUUAACCAUGAUUCAGAAAAGGAAGAUAUCGAUGCAGAAUCUUCAUUUUCAUUAAAUAUGAGCUUCAGCAGUAAGAGAACAAAAUUUAAGAUUACUACAUCAAUGCAGAAGGAUACGCCACAAGAACUGGAACAGACUAGAAGUGCUGUAGAUGAGGACCGGAAAAUGUAUCUUCAAGCUGCUAUUGUCCGCAUCAUGAAAGCACGCAAAGUGCUUCGGCACAACGCCCUCAUUCAAGAGGUAAUCAGCCAGUCAAGAGCCAGGUUCAAUCCCAGUAUCAGCAUGAUUAAGAAGUGCAUAGAAGUUCUGAUAGACAAGCAGUACAUUGAGCGCAGCCAAGCAUCUGCAGAUGAAUACAGUUACGUCGCAUGACACCUUCUCCUGGUGCAGCUGUGAGGUCAUUGCCAUCCCCAUUUGGUGAGCUCCUGUGGGAGAAAGCAGGCCUGUGCCUCCAUACUUUGGUCGUCUGGCAGCCCCUGUUUUUCUGCUGUUUACAACAUCACCAGUGCCACGUCAUGAGCGUCAGAGAAAAUGCCUAGAGAUAUUUCAAGCUCAUGUCAUUAUGACAUUUCUUAAAACUUUAUUAAAAGAAUGAGUGAAGUAUUGCUGAAAUGUGGAAUUUGGUUGGGUACCAUGCUUUCUCCCCCUCACGUUUGCAGUUGAUGUGUUUUUUUUUUUUUUUUAAAUGUAUCUUAAAGGACAAAAAAUAAAAACUUAAAUAUUGUAAUAUGACAGAUAACCUAAUAAUUGUAUCUACAUUAAAAUGACAAACAUGAUGUUGCUGCUUGUCAAAUAAAAAAAAUAAAUAAGCAUAAUGCCUUUUUCUAUGAUGACGGAAUAUCAGGUUGGACAGAAAAUGAGACAUCUGUAAAUGCCUAUGAGUCACCCAAGCAGCAAACAGCAUUUCGUCAUUUCGUCAUGGUGAUGAAUUUACUUGGGCUCCCAUCUAAAGUUCAAUUAAAACUGCCAGGGUUCUGUUUUUGAAUACAUAAGAUUGUGAAGUUGAGCUAAUAGCAUAAGCAGUUUUUGCAUUUUGAGUAGGAUGUAAUUCUAUCUGGUUUUGGUUAUGAGCUGUACCACAGAAACGGAAUACUGUGCAGUGACUUCUAGGCUGGCAGAAAAGAACUGCUCACUCUUGACCCAUUCUUCAUGAUACAUCUACGCUAACAUAAUGGCUGUGGCUCAUCUCCCAGAGUUUAGGAGACUAAGAGUACAGUGAAUUUCUUCCAGCUCCCCCUGCUCAUCGCUGGCACCCUUCCGCAGUGCAGAUGACUCCCCCAUCACAAGUUGAUAGCAGGGCCCCUCAAUGCUAGGGCAUUCCACCAGGCAUCUUGUAUAGGGGCAUGAGAUUUCAUGAGUUUGUUUCUAGUAGAUAACAGGGGCAUUCAGAUACUCUGGUUACAAUAUUCUCCAUCUGCCAUCUCUAGAUCACAUUGCUGUUUUAAACCAGAGUAUUUAUAUCUAACAGAUAAGGCCUUAAAUCCACAAUAAUAUUCUGAACAGAUAAACAGAACUUAAUUUGCAUUCUCAUGUGGCUCAUAUUUAAAUUUAAUGAUUGGUUAUUUGAUUGCACCUUUUGUAUCUUAAGCUUUCAAAAAUCUGCUGGACUUCUAAUGACUUCUGCUGUCUUUAUUAUUUUGCCUUCCUACCUCGUGUGGAUAAUGGCAAAGCAUAAACUGUUGUACAUUCAUGGUCAAAGAACAAGCCCCUUGUUUUGAUAACUUGUUACAAGUUUUCCAAAUUUAUAAAUAUUAAAUUAAGUCGUAACCUGA